AUGGUUGAAAAACUUAACGCAGAUCCUAAUUAUACACCCUUCGUAAAAAAAUAUGCUUUAGCUGCAAAUUAUAAACAUUCAAAUGACACAAUUGUAAUUCUUUGUCCUUCAAGAGCUCUAAAUUAUAUCGGUCAAAAUGAUGAUGAAACUGAUAUAAAAAAAAUGUUAGUAAGUACACAACCAAUCCAAACUGACGUUGAUGCUGAGGAAGCAUUAGCCAAAUUGGGUACUAACAUAGCCGGAUUUGUAAUUAAAACAGGGGACAAAGAUAAACUUGAUGUUACUUAUAUCAACGCUAUUUAUGAUUCUGGAAAUUCUACCGACUUUGCCAACGAUAAAAAAGAGAGAGGACUUGCAUAUACAAAUAUCCUAAGCAUAGCACAACGCAUUUGA